AUGGAGAGAAAUACGGUCCACCAGCACGUAUCGUCGUUUGACCUGGAGCCGAACCCAUUUGAGCAGAGUUUUGCAUCCACCAAGAAGGAGGUGGGCGGGCCCGGGCGGCCGCUGCUGCAGCAGGGGCCGCCGCCCGGGCACGCGCUGCUGGGGCUGGCCAAUGGCGGAGCAUCGGAUGUGUCGCAGGCAGCAGCAGUCGCGGGGCCGCAGAAGUCGCCCAUGCGGUACCACCUCCACACACACAAGCCGCCGAUGAUCCAGUCGCCGCCGAUCCUGACGCCAGGGGGGUCGCAUCGUCUGCCGGCGAUGCUGCUCUCGCCACAGGUGCUGCAGCCCCACAACGCGCAGACUGAGUCAUUGCUCCAGGCACCUGGCCAAGCACACCUGCCGGCCUUGAGUCCGCUGCUCCCGGGCGGCCCCCACAACGGGCAGACGACGCCGAGCUUCCUGAUGGGGCUGACCAAAACGGGGCUGACGCCGAACGAGUCUAGCAUAAGGACAGGUCUGACCCCUGGAAUUCUGAACGGCGGCCAGCACACGUCACUGCCCCUACCCAACGGCGGGCAAUUCACACCCGGCAUGUCGUCGAUGCUGUCCUCGAUGCCGCUAACGAACGACACACGCACCCCGGGUGGUGGGGGUGCCGCAUCACAUCCGCAUUCAUUAUCCACUGUGCUGGAAGUUCCGACCUCGACGUCGAACUCGGUCGCAGAAAUACCCAUGGGCGGCUCAUCGAACCCGGUCACCGGUAACAUCUCCCUUGAGCUUCCUCCUGAGCGGGUAAAAAACACACUGGCCAGCAACCGUAAGCGGUCGCUCUCCAACGAUGAUGCCAUACACGGUAUUCAGAAUACAAGCGAUGGCAGCACCAACAGCAACAAUAAAAAGAAGACGAAGAAGUCUCAGAGCGCCCCUGCCGAGGACCCCGAACUCGACGAGAGAGAUCGCAAGCGCAAGGAAUUUCUCGAAAGAAAUAGAUUGGCCGCAUCGAAGUUUAGGAAGCGCAAGAAGGAAUACAUCAAGAAGAUCGAAACAGAUCUCCAAUUCUACGAGACAGAAUACAAUGACCUUACCUCCUUUAUCGAUAGUCUCGCGGGCUUAACAGGCAGCGCCAAGGGGAUGGGCCAGGCCUCAUCGGAUAUAUCGUUACUCAAGUUGUUGAAGCAGUCCUUAAUGAGACAGGAUAUAGCUAGGGCAAUGGCGCUUGUGAACCAAAUAGAGCAGCACAUGAUUUCUACCAAAUACAUACAACGAAAUGGGAGGAAUCCGAGACUAGAAGAGGACCAGUCACAACAGAAACAGGUUAAUGUUGUGAACGGAAACGCUGCCACUGCUGGUGUCGGUUCAAAUGUCAGCGAAGUACGGACCCCCUCCUCCACGAUCGGUACGCAACCAUAUAACAGUGGCUCCACCACUGGUCUCACUAAUGCGACGUACGCUUCCAUGAUUAAGCACGACGGCAUCUGA